GGUCGGUUGGGCGGGAGGUGUGGCCGUGGGAUUCGCGCGACAUAAAAAAAAAAAAAAAAAAAUUAUGUAAAAUAUUGGAUAAUGACUGUCGUCUCACAAAAUCGCAAAAUGGAUGUGGAAACAAAAAUGCGGUGGAAAUUGACGUACCAAACGCAAAUUGGUUGCCUAAUUGGUCUUAUUUAAUGCCACCAAAUUCUUAUUUGUGGCCACAAUCCUGAAUUCGAAAUGACAAAUCCAAUUUAGUUGUCUAAUUUUUUUCCACCCAACCGUCAUCAUGGUGAUUUAAUUCCAAUGAGUUAAAAUUGUGUCAAUUGCGUAUGAAAACUUACGCGUUGGGCUCACUUGCGCAUUAAAGGCCUUAAAGGUUUCAUUUGGCAAUGGGCUUCUAAGCUGUGCAAAUGUUUAUUUCUGCGAUUCAGGUCAAGACAUUUGACCAGGUUGCAUCUGAUCAAAUAGAACUAAAGCAACCCGAGCUCCUAUAAAUUUGCGAUCAAUCCGACAGCUUGCGAACUUUAAUUUGCAACUAUGAAUAUCUCAGUGCUGUGGCUCUACCUGGUCCUUGUGUCCGCCCUGCUAAUCUUCUCAGUGCCCUCUGUCGAGUCCACCUUCCUUCUGUGGGCCUGUUUGUACCGGCUGGAGAUCUGCCCCUUUAAGACCACCACCACCAAAUGAAAAUAAUAUUUUCACUAAAGAUUAUUCCAACGGUCAAUAAAGAAACAAAUCAAAAAUAUUUUGAACAUUCUUAAAAUUCUUCGUCCGAAGUCCAGUGUUUUUACAAUCAACGAUACGGCUGAUUCCAUAAAGAUACAUCAUCCUCUGACCUGAAUCCAGCUAUUGGCGUAUCCUAUCCUUUGUGCGGUAUGCUUGGCUGGUUGCGUAAUUAAAAGCCAAAGUUAUCAGGCAAGUGUUAGUUUGUCAUUAGUUACUUGCACUAAUUAGGUGUAAAGCUCCUUCGGCGGCUUUUAUUUUUUCGGCUGUCAGUACGUGUCCUGGUUUGGCAACUCCAAAGAGAAACUUCCGCUUAGAUCACGUCGUUUUGGGUCAUUUAAGCGAGUUUCCGAGCCCUGCAGGGUGCGGUCGGAUUCAAUAAGUUAACUUUCGUUACGAGUAUAUCUCAAUUAGUCAAAGAGAACUCAAACAAAGUUCACGCUUCGGUACUUACCUGUUCAGAGAAAAAAAAUUGUAACUUUGCGAGAACGAAACAUUUUUGCAGCUCUUACAAUCACGAAUCUACGUAUUUAGGUGGCACUGAUAAUAAUAAUAACUUUAUGUAAAGAUUGUAAGCAAGUUCGUUGCUAAAUGUUUAUGACACUUCAUAUUUAAAAUUCAAAGUCAAUAUUGGUUUACCGUAAAGCAGAUCAUUACAGAGCUAUAAUAUAAUAUAAUAUUAGCGCUCUGACAUUCAACUUUAUAUUAAUGGAUUACGAACGACUCGCCAAAAUUUAAUUCUUUCACAAUUUAAACCCAGUAACGGUCUGUCCCAAUUGCGGCCAAGUUGUAUGUACGUUUAGAAUGUAAAAAUGGUUUUUGGAGACGGAGAUUUUUUUUAGAUGCAGAAGGGUUUUUCAAGUACUCCGAAAUGGCUAGAUGUGUUUAUUAAAAGAUUUUCCUUUUUGAAUUAUUAUUUUACGAAAUGUGGUAUCAACAAAUUGCCUGAUUAUUAUAAUCAUAACACAGACUUUUUUAAGGUUUUUCAUGUUUUUAUAAAGAUUGUCAAAACAGAGUGCAAGUCUGUUUCAAUUGUUAUUUUAAAACAAGAGAGAACGUAUAGUCGAGUUCCCCGACUAUCUGAUACCCGUUACUCAG